AUGUCUUUCGUCAGUCUAUAUUCCACCCACUCUCUCUCACACAGUCUCUCUCUCUCUCUCUCUCUCUCUCUCUCUCUCUCUCUCUCUCUCUCUCUCUCUCUCUCCAUUACCUGGUUGUCUUAUUUGGCGUCCUCUUCUUCUUCUUCUUCUUCUUCUUUUGCUGCUUCUCCCUCUUCUUCUUUUGCUGCUGCAGCUUUUUCAUCUUCUUUUGCAGCUGCUGCUUCUUCUUCUGCUGCUGGCCUCUUCUUCUUUUGCUUCUUCUUCUUUUGCAGCUGCUGCUUUUUCUUUUCCUGCUUCUUCUUCUUUUUGCUCCCUCUUCUUCUUUUCUUCUUCUUUUUUGCAGCUGCUGCUUUUUCCUCUUCUUCUUUUGCUGCUUCUUCUUCUUUUGCAGCUGCUGCUUCUUCCUCUUCUUCUUUUGCUGCUUCUUCUUUUGCAGCUGCUGCUUUUUCCUCUUCUUCUUUUGCUGCUUCUUCUUCUUUUGCAGCUGCUGCUUUUUCCUCUUCUUCUUUUGCUGCCUCUUCUCCUUUUGCAGCUGCUGCUUCUUCCUCUUCUUUUUUCUUGCUUCUUCUUCGUUCGCUGCUGCUUCUUCUUAUUCCUUUCCUGUUAUACUUCUUCUAUUGCUGCUUCUCUUCUUCUUUUGUUUCUUCUUCUUCUUUUGCUUCUGCUGCUGCUUCUCCUUCUUUUGCUACUGCUGCUUCUUUUUCUUCUUCUUUUGCUGAUUUUCCUUCUUUUGCUGUCGCUGCUUUUUAG